GCGAACAAAGUAGCAGUGAUUCAUAAACGUAGUUACCACCUUAAUAAUUGUAGUUUGGUUGCUAGGGAGGGUAUUGUUUGUCAUUAUUGGUUUUGUGUUGAAGCUCAACAGUUGCUGUUAGUGUGUUGAUAAUCGAAAAUAUUCAGACUUUGUUUUGAAUGCACAAGUAAAUAAAACAGAUGCGAUCAGUGACGAUAAUAUUUAAAAGUGCCAGCUUAUGUUUACGUGUUGUUGGCAAUACUAUAGUUUUCUAGAUCUGCUGCAUCAAAUAUAAUUUCUUUUAACUUUAAAAUGGGCUACGACAUUGAUAGAUUCGUCAACUUAUCACCAGAUAUAGCCGACCAUUUCAAAUGUGCAGUUUGUUUAGACAUUUACGAAGCUCCACUAGAACUUCCAUGCGGUCACAUUUACUGCCUUGAAUGCAUCAGAAGAUAUUUCAACAAUCGAAACACAAUCGAAUGUCCAGAAUGUCGGGCCCGAAUUGAAUUUCGUGAAGUGAAACCGCCGAAUCGAAAGUUGUUAGGUCUACUGCACAAUUUAACUAUCAAAUGCGAGUUUGUCAGCAAGGGAUGCAAUGAAAUCGUCAAAGUGGAAAAUUUGUUAGCUCACACCGGAGAAUGUCGAUUCAAUAGAACGUCUACCCGAAGUCGUCGGUAUAUGCCACGUUCAGAAGGCAUUGCACGUAGUGAAGACUUGGACUUCGACUUACUACUCGAUAGCAUAUUUAGUGGAGACCUUAACGAUUUCGAUCGACGGCAGCAACUCCAAAUGAUUUUAAACGAACAUGCACGUGCAAUAGAACAAAUUUCAGGCAACCACCGACAAAGUAGCGUGUCCCUUAACGAGGAGAGCUCAGACAACUCCAAUGACUAUGAAUUACUAAUCAAUGACGAAGGCAUUGGUAGACGCAUUUGUGGCUGGAUUACACGAAAUUUGUGUCGUGUGUUUUGCCGAUUUUUCAUUGCACUGUCACUAGCCAUAUUUCUCGUUGCAGCGCCAAUAGCUGCAAUAGUCAUUAGUGCACUGAAACUUAAAUCAUGCAAUCAAAUUACAACACUGCCACCAGCUCUAAUGGCCUUAGGCAUAUCAAUGUUCCUGUCGGUCAUCUUAGAAACCGUACGCCGUUGCUACUACAGUGACAAAUUUUGUGCUGGACUGAAAUUCAUCCAAAGUUUUGCAAUUAGUUCGGUGAUAUACUUGGCUAUUGUGGUCUACUCGAACCUGGACUACAACGUUAAAGCGAUAACCGGCAGUCCAACUUUAACUUGUGAUGCUCUGGUGUUUGAAUUUUCGUUCUGGUUCAUUUCCACCAUAUUUGCCUUCUGUAUCGUCGUUUCGAUCGCUUUGAUACUGUAUUUGAUCUACAAGAAUUUAUGCAACAUUUGGUCGGAAUGGGAUGGCAGCUACAUUUUGCUUACAUUCAUCUACGCGAUUCCGAUCGUUGGCAUUAUCAUGUCCAUCACUACGUUGAUAAUUAGCUACAUUUACUUCGAUUCCUGUGCUGCCAUUCCAAGGCUUACGACAAAUCUGGAUGCUUUUGGUGCGUUUGGUUUGGCGUGUUGGCUAAACAUGCUGUACAGUAGGAAUUUUAAAAAUUGUUGCGUUUGGAUGUUUGUGUUGGGCUUGUUGGUGGCCUUCAUUUGUCUCGCAGUCGUCGUAUCCCAGAAUUUUCCAUGGCAGUUUAGUUCACAGGUGCAGCGAGUUUCCAUUGAAUGUGAUAUGACGAUUUACACGUACGCUUUUGUUACGGUUUGCAUUAAUUAUGUGAUCAUUGGAUUGGCAAUUUUAAUGUACUCAAUAUACGGAGGUAUUUGUACGUGUCUCUUUUUUACAUGAGAGAGCAACUGGUGUUGCAUUGUUACAGUAUUUGUGCCAAACUUUUUUUUUAUUUUCAAAUUGGACGACAAAAUAAAACAGAAAGUUUUCUUUCAAAAUCUCAAGUUUGAUUUUGCAUUAUA